GCGCAUAGUUUAACUUGUAUAAACAUGAUGAGUCUGUGUAAAUAUUAAGAAGAUGCAAAGAUUGUAUUUUAAAUCGCAAAUGUUUGGCCACAUAAAUAAAUUGUUGUGUAAUUGGUGUUAAGAGUUCUUCUCUUUUAAAAAAAAUAAAGCCAUGGAAAUGGCUUUGAAUGUGGAUACUAAUUAUCAGUCUUUAAAUGAAGGUAAUCCUUUUAAAAAGGAAAGUGAAGAAUUUCAUAUUCAAGAUCAUGACGAUACUCCGGGAGAUAGUGGAAUUAUGAUACAUGUUGUUCCCGAAACAAAUAAAGCUCGAUGGAAUCACAUUGAAGAUUUGGAUUCAUUUUUUACUCGCAUGUAUAAUUACCAUCAAAAGCAUGGAUUCUCAGUCAUAGCCUUAGAUGAAAUUUUUCAGUUGUGCAAGUUUGCUUUCGUGGUGUGGUUACUAACUUUCACAAUAUACUGUAUCAACUAUCAAGUAUUAUUUGGAGACUUUCCACCACCGAGUAACCAUACCAAAGUUACUUUACGAGACGUUGUUAUUCCAACAAGGCAAUGCAUAGCCAACUUUAAUGGUUUUACAUAUUUGUUAUUCCUUCUAGCAAUACUUUAUUUCGUUGUUCGUUUUUUGCGAGUUGUUUAUUUAAUAACUCAAUAUUUGGAUAUGAAAAAAUUCUAUCAAACAGCUCUCCACAUUGACGAAAAAGAAAUAGAUAACACUACGUGGCAUGAAGUAAAAAUGAAGAUAAGAGAAGUCCAAUCUGAACAGCAUAUGUGUAUUGAUAAAGAGCAAUUGACGGAAUUGGAUAUAUACCACCGAAUUUUAAGAUUUAAAAACUAUAUGGUAGCUCUUAUGAACAAAAACCUUCUACCUGUAAAAUUUAAUAUACCACUGCUUGGAGAAUGUGUGACGUUGAGCCGUGGACUUUUGUAUAAUAUACAUUUUAUACUAUUUAGAGGGCCUGGUUCACCAUUUCAAAAUAAUUGGCAACUCCGAGAUGACUUCAACUUUCGUACUAAUCAGGUCGAAUUAGCUCAACGAUUGUCAAAACUUAUUAUGUGGGUUGCAGUUGCUAAUUUAAUAUUGGCUCCAGUUAUUUUUGUGUGGCAGUGCCUAUAUUUCCUAUUCUCAUACGCUAAUAUUUUAAGAAAAGAGCCAGGAACAUUAGGGAUGAGAACAUGGUCCAAUUAUGGUCGUUUAUACUUACGACACUUUAAUGAAUUAGAACAUGAAUUAGAUGCACGUUUAAAUCGUGCAUAUGAAUAUGCAGAUAGGUAUCUAAGCUCGUUCUCUUCACCGUUAAUGGCAGUUGUUGCAAGGAAUAUACUAUUUAUAUCCGGAGGAAUAUUGGUAUUAAUUUUAACAUUGGGUAUAUAUGACGAAUUUGUUUUCCAAGUGGAACACGUAUUAACGAUUAUCACUAUUCUCUCUGUUAUUGGAUUAAUAUGCAGAACUAUGAUUCCUGACGAAAAUUUAAUAUGGUGCCCAGAACAAUUGAUGACCGCAAUAUUAGCGCAUGUGCAUUAUCUACCAUCUAAUUGGAAGAAUAGGGCGCAUACAGUGGCUGUAAGAAAAGAAUUUGAAAAUUUGUUUCAGUUUAAAGCGGGUUACUUGUUAAAUGAAAUUGUUAGUCCGCUUGUUACUCCAUUUAUAUUAAUGUUUGUAUUCCGCCCAAAAUCUCUGGAACUGGUAAAAUUCUUUAGAAGUUUUACAGUAAGUGUAAAGGGUGUUGGAAAUGUAUGCUCAUUCGCUCAAAUGGAUGUUAGAAAACAUGGCAAUCCUGAUUGGCAACUUCCUAAGCCUAAUACAAAACCAAAAGGAAACGUUGAUGAUAGUACGACAAAGAGCGUAGUCGACAACGGUAAAACGGAACUUUCAUUAAUCCGAUUUACAUUAACCAACCCAGAAUGGAAAGUCCCACCAAAUGCUGUAAAUUUUUUGAACGAUAUUAGAGAACAUGCUGCAGAGGAACUAAAAAACGAAAUGAUAAACGAUACGGAUAACAAACCAAGUCCUAUAACUGAAAGUUUAAUUUCAUUUGGAACAAUCGAUGCUGAGUAUUCUUCUUUGGCUACAUCUGUGUUUAAUGCACAUAAUGUUCAAAGGGCUGAAUUAUUAACAUCGUCAAUUAAACAGUCUAUAAUUCAAAAUAAAUACUAUGACAGAAAAUGUCAUCUCACUCCGAAUAUUCCUCAAACUAGUGGUUUUGAACAAAUGCUUCAACAAAGCUUUGGUGAGCAAGAGGGAAAUAUGUUAAGGUUACAAACUUCUUGCGAUAAUUCGUUGGAAAAUAUGCGCAAAUUGCGUAUUAGCAAAGUCGAAGGACGACUGCAAGGGCCGUCAGAAGCACUUUUAUAUAAUCUAUAUGGAAUCGACUCAAAAAUAUCGAACCCAAUUGAUAUUACAGUUGCAGAUAUGUCCCUAAGUACACUGUAUUUACACAACUUACACAAGCAUAAUAAGUGUAUAAGGAGCUCUCACCUUCAAAACGCACUGAUGAGUUAUGGGCUGGUGAAUUUAAAAGUGGUCGUACUAGGCUUGAAAACGAUCGCGAAGCACGACCAAAAACCUGAAAUCAUUGAGCAUCUCAGACGAACGAGUACUUAAUAUUUUACAUGGAGAAUUACAUAUGCAAAAGCUGUUUGGAAAGUUAGUGCCGCAAACGUUAACAAUUCAAGAAAAACUGGAUCGAAAACAUAUUUCUCAACAUAGUUUGAAGCGUUUUAAGCAGAAUAAAACCGAUUUCUUGCAUUAUUAUUGCAGCCUUUUGGAUCAGCAGUUCGUGAGAAAAGACCUGGUUUCCCGCACAAAAAAUAAUCUUUCAUCAAGACAAUGCACCUGCCCACAAAGGUGUUUUAACAAUGACAAAAUUGAACGAAUUAAAGUAUGAAUUACUUGAGCAUCCACCAUAUUCACCAGAUUUGGCUCCCAGCGACUACUACCUCUUCAAAAACCUGAAACAAUUCCUUCGUGGAAAGCGUUUUUCAUCAAAUGAAGAAACUAUUACUGCCGUCGACGGGUAUUUUGUAGAGCUUCCGGAAAGUCAUUAUAGGGAUGGCAUAAAAUUAUUGGCGUAUCAUUGGAAUAAAUGUAUUGAAGUUAAGGGAAAUUAUAUUAAAUAAAAAAAUAUAUUACGUACCAAAAACAAUAGUUUUUCAUUUCGAGCGCAGAAUCUUUUCAACCAACCUGUAUUUAACAAAACUUGUUAGCAUUGAAGAUGCAGUUAUGCCUUAAUAAGGAAUCCGCAUUGAACUGAGUAGAUGUGUCGUUGACAGCACUUGACUUAUUUAUUUCCACACAGAUAACCGCUACAACAGAUACUCUCUUAGUUUGUAAGAAUUUACGGCGUGUGAAAUAAGUUUUUUUAAAUACCUUGAUACUAGGGUAAAAUCUCAACUGAUUACCCUCAUUUCUUGUAUCAAAUUAAAAUUUUCUAUUUGUGGCAUGUGAACAUACAUCUUUUUCAAGUCAAAUUGAUUAACAUAUUAUAAAUAUAAGUAUAUUCUUCAUAUUACUCCUGCGUUAUGUAACAAUUGAACUAGGGGAGUGAAAAUCAUUCCCACAACAGUUGGUUCUACGUUACCGGAAUUGACCCGGAUUUCAUCUGGCCAAGGGCUGUUAUUUCGGCGAUCUAACCCUGUUUGGAUCGGUAAGUGUUAAUCUAAGUCUGUAAGCUUUGGAAUACUGUCAAGGCCUUGUCUAAUCCGAGGAGACAUGACGACCGGGUUGAAAUUCAAUUCGAUGGCCAUGCCUCCUCGGACCCCAAAAAGUGCGCGAGCUAUUUUAGCCGGCAGUUUACACUGCACCCUUCGACCGACAAGGCCAAACGAUGUGUUACCCGACGGCUGCUGAUGCUAAAACAUCUAGGCUCAACGGGAGUAAACUAUCUCACCAAGGUCCUAAACUUGUCGAUGUCCACUCUUCAAAUACCCGAUGUGUGGAAUCCAUUCAUAGUGGAGCCAUUAACACCUUCAUCGAUUCCCUCUCAGUGAAUGGCGUACUAGGAGGCAAACCACCACCUAUAGCAGACGUAGAGCUCGAGUUGCCCCGCGAAACCAGAGUGACCCUCGCGCAACUUCGUUCUGGAUAUUGUAGCAGAUUAAACUCCUACCUAUCCAGAAUAGACCCCGACAUACCCAACAUAUGUCCUGCAUGCAAUGAGGCCCCGCAUGAUACUAACCACCUCUUUGCAUGCCCAACAAACCCAACUUAUCUAACACCUUUUUCCCUAUGGUCCGACCCCGUCGAAACAGCCCGUUUCUUGGGCCUCCGGUUAGAUGACCUCGACGACAACCAAACUAUCACUUAUCAUCCAAGCGGGGACUAGAUAACCGUUAAAAUAACAACAACAGUGAAAAUCAUUAGAUAAGGUCUAGACCGAUUUCAUACAUUUUUGGCAUCAAAUCACUUUCUGUUCAAAAAAAUAUGACCACUUAAUUUCUUUGAAAUAUAUUAAAUAUUAGUCAAUAUAUAUAUGUAUAUUGAAUUGAAAAAGACUCUAAUAUAUGGUAUGUAAAGUUCGGAACAGGUAUGGAUUGAUUUCGGACAAUAAAAGUAACAUAGUAUUAGAAGUAUUAGUUUUGUUAAAUUUUUAGCGAUAGGAUUUAGGCGUGGUUGUGUUGGUCGAGUAGUUAGUAAGAUUUCGUUGUUCAAAGAGUUAUCACGAUGUUCAUGUUUACGAUUAUUACCCGAUUUGCCUCUAUUUUUACACAGAAACAACAUAUUUAUCAAGCUUUGCUGAUGAACUACUUUAUACAGAGCGGUCCAUCCCCAUUAUAUACAAUAACAUCUUCAGACAUGACAAACUUUUUUAAGUUUUUUUCACGCAUGACAAAAUUUGAACUUCUCAGAUUAAUUGGUCAGCAAGUCAUAGCAAAUUAAUUUAAUUUGAAUUACAUUAUGUUUUGUGGGAAUAUAACUGUUGCUAUCAGUUACUAUAAAAUCGAAUUGUUUGACGUUUCCAUUGACUUGAAUAUGAGUACUUGAAUCAAACUUAAUAAGUCCAUGAACACAAAUAUUUUUUGAACCAUUUAAAACUGAAAUAUGGCAUUAAUGAACUGUAACGAUAGGAAUUUAGACAGCAGGAAUGAAAAUAUUAUAAUUGGAAUGCGACAACAGUUAUGGUAAUAACCAGUAUUUGUAGUAUUGCUUUCUGGUAUUGCCGUAUAAUUUGUUCUUGGUAGAAUGAUUGAUUCAAACAUUUUUGUUGAUUGUAAUAUUUACAUAUAUUAAGUCUUAUACCUGUGCUAAAUUCAUAGCCGAGCUUGUCGUCCUCUUUAUGUUAUACCUUGAAGCUAUCCGAAAAAUUUUAAGUUCUAAUUAAACUAUGUCAAAAGCAUAUGCGUUUUUACGAAAGACAUAUUAUUUUCUACACUGAUUUUUUUAGGAUGCUUACAUAUGUAAAUUAAAAUAUUAAUCUUGAAUCUUACUAAAAUACCCUUCAAUGUAUUAUUGGAGUGAAACCCAUUGGAAUAAAAGACAAAAUAACAAAAAUUAAACGAAAAAUUAUUUACCGUCGAUCUGAGGUCGGAAAGGGGAACGCGAGGGGCUAGUUGAAUUUUUAAGGCUUAGAAACAGAUUAUAUCGAUUUCCGACGAUUAAAAGCUGGUUUUGUUUUUAAAUUAAUCUACCUGUUAUUUCGUAGCACAAAACAGCUCGUACUUUUUUUUUUGAAUUUUUUGAGAAAAUUAGCGACGAAGAAAAGGCCUGCCGCGUUUCUUAAAAAAAUUUGAUAUUUUGACGUGAGAAUUUUCGAUUAAAAAUUAAAGUUUUUUCUGACAUUAAGUCAAAAUAAAAAUUAUUAAAUAUAUAAAAAUACAGUUCGUUUGAGACAUAAAAAGGUUAGUUUACACCAAAUUAAAAAAAAAAUUGUAAAAGAUAAAAAUAAAAAACAAGACUUGGUUAUUUAAAUUUUUAACAUACGUUUUGAGGUUAUGUGAAAAAGGUGUAAGUACAAAAGUUGUAUAUCUUUUUAGGAUGUCAUCUCAUAGGAAUCACAGUUUGCCAGAAAUCGAAAUCAAUUGUUUUUAACUCUUAGAAUAGCUAGAAUAGAUUAAUUUUGAGGUAUGCACCGCGACCUAUGGUCUGUUUUUAACCCUUAAUCAACCACCUCACAGAUCUAGCGUAAAUUAUUUUUUCUUUAAUUUUUCUUAUUUUAUCUACCUUUCACAAUGGGUGCAACCUACCAUAAUUUUUUUCACUCUUUACCAUUCUUAAAGGGUUUUGCACUAGCCUAUAUGUUGAAUUCAAUGAUACGUUUUGAUUUUGUGCUGUUAAAAAUUUGUCAUAAAUUCAUUGUUCAUUUGUAGCUAUGCAUUUUAAUGCCAAAACCUAUUUGCUUUUAAAAAAUUUCAGACUGAACGUUCUAUUCAAAACAC